AAAAAAUACAUAAUAAACAGGAUAAAUUCAACUUGGGAGGGUACAGGGGAGGAGUGACAAGAAGAUGGCGAGCGGGGUUGGAAAACACAAGUUGCUCUCCAUGGGGCCUACCGAACCAUGGUCAGUAAGGGAAAAGCUGUGCUUGGCCACCUCUGUCAUGAAGAGUGGAGACCAGAACUGGGUGUCUGUCAGUCGAGCCAUUAAACCCUUUGCAGAGCCUGGACGGCCCCCCGACUGGUUUUCACAGAAGCACUGUGCAUCUCAGUACUCCGGACUUCUGGAGACAACCGAGGCACCGAAACGGAAGCGGGGGGAGAAAGGGGAGGUGGUGGAGACGGUGGAGGAUGUGAUCGUGCGCAGGCUCACGGCGGAGAGGAUCGACGAGCUCAAGAGGCUGAUCAAGGACACCCAGGAGAAACACAGGAAGCUGAAGAGAGAAGCUGAGCUGAUCCAAUCAGGCCACCUGGACACCCAACUAGAGGAACUAUGGAGCGACAUUCUGCAGAAGAAGAAGGAGGACGAUGAAACCGCCGAGGAGAAGAGAAGGGCGACAGACGCAGCCUAUCAGGCCAGACAGGCGGUGAAGAACACCCCUAAACGAGUGCCCAGUGUGACUGUGCGAUCCCCCCCGGGGUGCGGUUCGCCAGGCCUCGAGUUCCCCCACGGUGACGCGCUGCCGAACCUGGCCGAGGAUCCCGGCUCUUCUGUCCCUGCCCCCGGAGCAGCAGUAUUCAUGCCCCUGACUGAGACCUCGGUGCCUGGGGCUGGAGAGGGGGGCCUGGGGGCGGUCCUGGAAGACUCCCUGCAGAAGAAGCUCCUCGUCCAGAAGGCUACACCCCCCCCCUCCCCCCUGCUCUCUGAGCUGCUGAAGAAAGGCAGUCUUUUCCCCACCAGCCCUAGACUGGUUGGCGAUGGCGACCUGGCUUUGACUGCAGCACACGACUUGCAGCUGACUGCGCCCAACAUACCUGGCUCCCAAGCAACAGGUGCCCCUACACUGUCUCGUCUGCUAGAGGCUGGUCCUGCCCAGUUCUCCUCUCUUGGCUCCUUGUCCAGCCCGGAGUCUUCCGCCGGCAUCCCGCUCACAAGCACAGCCCCUGCUAUGGACUGCCCUGCCGCGCUGCACACAGGGGGAGAGGAGGUGGCGUCGGCCGUGCCGGCGGCGUGCCAGUCUGGCCCCGGUGGGGAGAAGGUGCCGGAACUGGGGGAGGAAGACCUGGUGACGGUAUCGUACAUGGGCGACGAGCUGGACCUGGAGACGGUCGGAGACAUCAUCGCCAUCAUCGAGGACAAGGGAGACGAGAAUUCGGAGGCCCUGGACGCCGCCGCCGUCGAGGCUGCCCUGUCCCUGUGUGAGGAGAGCGGCCACGCCCUCAGCGGCCCCUGGGAAGCCCCCUUCAGGGCCCCCGAGUCGGGGGCCCCCCUCGGAGCGGGACCCUCCCAGCUCUCCUCCCUCCACCCAGCCUCCAUGCACGCCGGCCUGGAAGGGAAGAGGGAGUCGGGGGGCCCGAGGGGGGGCUGCGGCGACGGCUCCGACCGGUGCCCCUCGGCGUACUCCCUGGGCGUGGGGGGGGCCCCGCCGCCCCCCUCCUCGUCCUCCUCCUGCUCGUCCUCGUCGUGCGGGUCAUCGGGGGCGACGGAACACGGCCGGGCCUUCCUGCAGGCCAAGGCCUCGGGGGGCGGCGAGGGGGAGGGGGGCUUCGCCGCCUCCUCCCGCGGCGCCAGGAAGCGUGGGCGCGAGGCGUGGACGCAGCGGGGAGCCAACGCCACCUGCGGAGACUUGCUCUCUGAGGGCGCCCCCGCGACCGCCGUGCACCAAGGUCAGACACGACAGGACGAUGACGACGGCGUAGUUGGUCAUGCCGUCUUGCUAGGCACCUUAGUUUCCCUGGAAGGUCGAGAUCCGUUCCACUCACCUUUCUCUCCGUCUCUGUCUCUCUCUCACCCACUCCCUCCCCCCCAUCGCUCUCUUUUUCUGCUCCUCCCCCCCCCACCCCCCUCUUUAUUCUCCUGCCCUCCAUCUCUCUCACUUUCUUUCUCCCUCUCACCCACUCCCCCCAUCUCUCUCCGUCUCUCUUUCUCCCCACUCCUCCCCACUCCUCCCCCCCACCUCCCCCUCCAGGAGGACGAGGGCCCGAGCGACGGCGAGGACGGCAGCGUGGCGUCCGACGCCAAGGAGCCGGCGGGGGCCGGCGGCGGGGGCGAGGACGACGACGGGGAGGGAGAAGGGCCGGAGGAGGAGGAGGAGGGAUACCCGUCGGAAGCCGAGGGCGAGCUGGAGCGGGCCAGCGAGAGCGAGGACGGCUCCAGCCUCCACACGGCCUCGUCCUCCCUGCGGCUGCACGCCGCGGCCGACUCCGUCCCCAGCAGCCCCGCCUCGUCCCAGUUCUCCAUGAGCAGUGAAGACCAGGAGGCCAUCCAGGCUCAGAAGAUCUGGAAGAAGGCCAUCAUGUUGGUGUGGCGCGCCGCGGCCAAUCACAGGUACGCCAAUGUGUUCCUACAGCCAGUGACCGAUGACAUUGCUCCAGGGUACCACAGUAUAGUACACAGGCCCAUGGACCUGUCCACCAUCAAGAAGAACAUCGAGACGGGCCAGAUCCGCACCACGGCCGAGUUCCAGCGCGACAUCAUGCUGAUGUUCCAGAACGCCGUCAUGUACAACAGCUCGGACCACGACGUGUUCCACAUGGGGCUGGAGAUGCAGCGCGACGUCCUGGAGCAGAUCCAACAGUUCCUCGCCACGCAGCUCAUCAUGCAGACCUCCGAGUCGGGCAUCAGCGCCAAGAGCCUGCGCGGGCGGGAGAGCGCCCGCAAGCAGGACCCCUCCGACAAGGACAGUGUCCCCAUGGCCUCUCCUGCCUUCCUUCUCUCUCUCUUUGACGGGGGCACUAGAGGGCGCCGCUGUGCCAUAGAGGCCGACCUGAAGAUGAAGAAGUGACCCGGAGGAUGCCUGGAAGUCUGGGAGCGCGACGGGACGUCUGAUCGAUGCCCUCCGCACCCCCCCCCCCCCCCCCCUGAUCCGACACGGAGGACACCCCUUGCUGGGUAAACCCCUCUUCCUCCCAUCUCCUUCACUACAUGGACCCCUCUCAGCUUUAAAAGUGCAAUGCUAUCCACUCAUGUCAUGUAGGUGAAAUUAGACAGAACCCCCCAAGAAAAGCACUUAUAAAACCACGAGAGCCUGGUUGUGUUCCGAGGGAACGAAGGACCUAUUUUUAUAGGAACGAAUGCACUUCUCGUCUACCCUCCUCCCUGAUGGGAAAAGGGGACGACAUCCUUACCUGCACAUCGGUUACCAGUCUUGUCAUGUCGGUAACGCAGAUCGGUACAUGUUUAACGUAUUAAGACAAGGUCAUUUUGUUUCAUCUGGGCCAGCUGAGGAGGUAGUCUGGGUGCAGGGCGAGUUGUCUGGACUACACUGUGUUAGGUCGACGACGAAUGGCCGUAACCUUCCAUUGUGAACAUGUGAUGUGAUGUGUUUUGAACGUACUCUUGUCUAGUAUUGUACGGGCAUGUCCUGUUGUGUACAUACGCCUUCGUCAAGGCAGUCAUGAAUGUUUGGGAAAACAAUAAACAUUGCUGACUAAGAAUGCUUGGUUCUAACUAAGUUCUCGUCACGCUCAAAAGGCCCCCCCGGCAGAAAGAACCAGGUUCCAAACUCUGGAUAUACUAACUGGAACAAAUGAAAGCUUUCACAAUCAAACGCCACAAGUGUCGGAACUUCUUCCUUUGAAUUUUUUAUUAUUAAACCACCAGCAAACCUAUACUGUGCACAAAUCAACUGAACACCACAUCUCAGUCAAGUAGUGACAAACAGUUACAAUACUUCGAACCCUCACUGACCAAGUCUUCUCGACCAAUAGCAGACAGCCCCAGUACAGGUGAUUGGUGACUGGGCGACCGACCUGCUACAUGUGUCGUCUUCAUAACCGGACGUCUAGAAUAUCAAGUGUGAGAAGAUACAAACUACAGCUCAAACGAACUUGAGGGGGAAACGAAACCUACAUGAGAAUG